GAACAAAGAACCCCGGGCCUGAGGUGUGUCUGGCAGCCUCGGGCGGGGCGGGGAGAGGCCCAGAAGGCAGAAGUCUUCGGGGCUCGCGCAGAUCUUCGUGGAGGGUGUGUGUGCCCGGGAAGCCGAGUCCCCCCGGCCGCAAAAAGAAACAGGACAUUGGCUGCCUGGAUGACCGGGAGCUGGAAGCUGACCUUGAAUCCAGGCUGAGGAUGGAAGGGGUCGAGCUGAAAGAAGAAUGGCAAGAUGAGGACUUCCCCAUACCUUUACCGGAAGAUGACAGUAUUGAAGCAGACAUACUAGGUGUGCCUGGAGCAGAGAGCCAGCCAGCCCCAGACUCACUAGAAGCUGAGGGAAAUAAGGUGCGGAGGAAACUGAUGGCCCCCGACCUCAGCCUGACCCUGGACCCCAGCGAUGGCUCCGUGCUGUCCGACGACUGGGAUGAGAGUGGGGAGGUCGACCUGGACGGCCUGGACACCCCGUCCGAGAACAGCAACGAGUUCGAGUGGGAAGAUGAUCUUCCAAAACCCAAAAGUACUGAAGUGAUUAGGAAAGACUCGAUUACAGAAUACACCGCAGCAGAGGAGAAGGAAGACGGCCGCCGCUGGCGUAUGUUUAGGAUUGGCGAGCAGGACCACAGGGUGGAUAUGAAGGCGAUCGAGCCCUACAAGAAAGUCAUCAGCCACGGAGGCUAUUACGGAGAUGGAUUAAAUGCCAUUGUUGUGUUUGCUGUCUGUUUUAUGCCUGAAAGUGGUCAGCCCAACUAUAGAUACCUGAUGGACAAUCUCUUUAAAUACGUGAUUGGCACUUUGGAGCUGCUAGUAGCAGAAAACUACGUGAUCGUUUACUUAAACGGAGCGACGACCAGAAGGAAGGUGCCCAGUCUGGGCUGGCUCAGGAAGUGCUACCAGCAGAUCGACAGAAGGUUAAGGAAAAACCUGAAAUCUCUAAUUAUUGUUCAUCCUUCCUGGUUCAUCAGAACACUUCUGGCUGUUACAAGACCUUUCAUCAGCUCAAAGUUCAGCCAAAAAAUUAGAUACGUCUUUAACCUGGCCGAACUGGCUGAGCUCGUUCCCAUGGAGUAUGUCGGCAUUCCUGAGUGCAUAAGGCAGUAUGAAGAAGAAAAGUUUAAAAAGAAACAAAAAAGAAUUGAUCAGGAGCUCAAUGGAAAACAAGAUGAACCGAAAAGCGAGCAGUGAGCUUGGCGCCAGGUCAAGACAAGGCAACAGUGCGCUGGAGACGCCAGGCCGCUCUGCGGUCCAGAGCUCACUGGCUCAUGUCGUCUGCUCAUCUUGCGAUCUCGACUUGACUUUCUCAUCAUGGACUUCUGUCCAAGGGACUGUUUCACUGCUGUGCUGGUUCCAAACCUCUUGAGUUUGCUCUCAAGGCUGGUAGCUGUGUAGUCAUUUUAAUGUGCUAGGUAGCAGAGAACUACACUUUAUCUAAAGCAGUUUUGCAUUUGUUUAUUAAAUGAUGCAUUGUCAGUAAAAUAUUUAUAUGCACAAAUGAAAGGGAAAGAAAUAAUAUAUAUUUUUAUGUUUUUGAGAAAUAUUUUUUAAUGUGUACCUAUCUGUGGGAGAAUAUGCAGGUAAAUAAGACCAUGGUUUUGUAAAGUGCAUGUUAAAAUUUUUGUUUUUGUAAGUGGUUGACUACAUUUCCUGGGUAACUUAGAAAAUUAAGUUGCUCUGAAACAAGGGACAGUAAAACUGACUCCCAAUAAUGCCCAAAGAUCAUGUAUGUACUCUAAGUAGAUGAGCACCUCCCAAGCUUGUUUUCUCACUUUAAUGUACAGUGUUUCUUACUACAGAAGUGCAAAUAAAGGUGCAUUGCAUACUUUUUCCUCUUUAAAAGACAAGUCAAAAGCCAUUUUUAGAACUAAAGUUUUUUAAGAAGCUAGGAAUUAGGGUUUGUAUAUAUGUGUAUAUAUAUAUGUGAUAUUUUACCUUCUGGCCCAAAGUCAGAACUGUUCAAAAAAAAGUCUUAGUUUGCUCACUAAUGUAAAGUAAGCUGCGUGUGCAAGGGUCACUCGCACGAAUGCAUGAGUGCUAGGAAGUGGCAGAGAGAGUGCUGUGUGUUCACUGUCAAGACCGCCCCCUGGAACAGAGGGGCUGCUUGACCGAAAUGCUUCGUGUUGGUCACGUAAGCAGUGGUGGUCCCACCUCUUCACACAGGGGGUGCCGGCAGCUGUCUGCAGACUCACGUUUGACAAGACUGUACAGCAGAUUAAUCUUGUAAAUCUUCACGUGCUUGAGCAUGGCUAGAUUAUGCUAUUUGUGUUAACACAUUUAAUAUGUGUAAGCUCCUCUUUGUUUCAUGUGGUAAGUACCUUUAAAUGGAAAUAAAUUUUAUUUGUGCCUCUAUAAACAGUUGAAUUACCUACAGCAUCAUGAAACAUGCUCCUCUGGCAUUGUGUCAUGGACAUGAAUGUCUGGCAUAGAUGUAAACCUCACCCCUCCAUGCCCGAAGCUCACGCUAUCUUGAGAAGAGCGACCUCCAGUAGCAGAGUGAACAGCAGUGGAAACCGAGCUCUGAGACUUACUCCAUAAGGCAUACAUGUGAUUGCCGUCUUUGGCAUGUUCAGUAUAAAAUGGAAUUUCCCUUUACUGUUUUACGUGACAUCUGACCCAAAACCAGUUAGAUACAGUGCCAGAGGAUUAAACCUUCCUCAGCAACUCCAGACAGACCCUGUACUGACUUACUGUCACUACAGUGAAUUAAGCCAGACCACUUUAUUUGGUGAAAUGAUAGGAACAUUCUGUGUUUGAAGAAGUAAACUUAACAGUAGCUGUGCAGGCAUUCCUUCUGAAUUUACAAUAAGGGAUUAUGAAUACGGAUCAUGUUGGGUUUAGCCAGUAUUAGACACCAUAACUGUAGGACAUGUUUAAGAAGUCUCCUCGUAUAUCUUGAUCAUCUCAAAAUGGGAUGAGAUUCACAAGUAGGUGGUUUUCCACCACCUUAAGUACUUUUCAAUUUCAAAAAGACAAUAAUUUCAACUUUUUACUCUGUUUACUAAUUUUAUCAUCACUGUUCCUAACUUGUUGGCAAAAGUGAUGUUUUUCUACAUUUGUUUAAAAGUAGAUGUAGCUUAUAUUCUGCCAAAACACUAAAAUUCAGAGGGAACAGCCAGGGUUUGUGAUCACUCAGAAGGCUGAGGCAGGAGAAUCACAAGUUUGAGACCUGAGCUACAUAGUAGGAAGACCUUGACUCAGGAAAAAAAAAAAAAAGGCAACUCUUGAGUUAUGGUGUUAGCAAUAUGUUGUGGGUCUUCCCCUGAAAAGGACACCUGCUCCAGCCUAACCUGGGAUGGAAUGUGGCAUAGGGACGUGCCAUAGCUUGUUUCAUGUCUGCAAGGCUCAACUCAGAUGACUGGAGGGAAGACCUUUGUUGGUGUACGUGUAAACUAUGCAUCGUUUUUGCACAUUCCUCUGCUUUUUGUUUUCAUUACUGACUGAUGAAAGUACAUGGAGUUGUAAAUUUUUUUUUAAUCUUUUUUUCUGGGGUCAUGGUUCUGAGUUAACAGGCUGAGUUUAUAUUUCCUGGAUUAUCUUUGUCACAGCUGGACUCUGGCUUCCCCUUGUUUUGUUUGUCACAAAUUUCUCCUGCAGUAAUUUGAUUCUGUGUUCAGCUUGGUCAUCUUCCUAAAGCAGCACAGGAAAGUCAUGGUAUUUACCCCACAUUUAAGCUUAAUUGACUUUACCCCAAGAGGCAAGAGAGAUUAGGAAUCGCGAUGUCAGUAGAGUCAGAAGGUAAACUAGGAAGAACAGAACUCACUUCUAAAGGCCUAAGACUUAGCUGUGACCUCGGUGCCUCUCUGCGCAUGUCUCCCAGGGGAGUGUUGGCUGGUAUGUGGCAGCUGGCAAUGCCAUCUCCUGUAUCCAUCAGGAAAACCUAUAGGCUACCUAAACCAUGAGCAAGGAGACAAUGGAUGAAACGAGCAAGCUGGUAAUACUUGGAGGAGAAUCCAUAUGUUCCCAAACUUUGUCCCUCCAUACAGAAGCACAUCUGAACAGAGUGAGUAAGCAACCAAAAUGUGCUGACCAAAAUUUAGAGCUUUUAUUUCUCUCUUCAUGGCCUGUAAACAUUAAUUAGUGGGAUGUCACUUUUAGUUUCACAGCUUGAAGAAGUAAUGGGGCUGCUGCUUUUACAUAUAUUUUGCUAGGGGGAGAGAGGAAGGAGCGGCCACUUUAUACAUCGGGAUUUAUGUGUAUCCUGGGGAUUCAAACCCAGGUUGGUAGGCUUUGCAAGCAGGAGUAUUAACAGGUGAGCCAUCUCCCCAGAGGGGGCUGCUGCUUGGUCGCCUUUCAUGUGGACAUAUCGCAUUACUGUUGGUUGUUAUGUGGACAAGCCAUUGCAUUAGAAUAUUUCUUCAUGGUAAAUGAUGUCUGCAUUUGGCAAAUUAGCAGUGGGGUGUAUGUGUUAUCCCAACCUGUUGUUCUUUGUUGUGGUUGGUAAAAUUGUACAUAAGGUGGCAGUGAUUUUGGUCUUUUUUUCCUGUAUUGUAAUAAAGAACUUGGUAACAUUGAUCAGAUAGGAGGCAGAGAAGUUCACCUUAGAGAUAGUUGCCCCCUUCUAGUUUGUUCCCGCGUCUGUUUCUCCCCGCCCUGAAAAGGUUUUGGAGAAUGGAUCUCAAGCAGACAUGAAGGAAGGAGUAGAAAGAGUAACUAGUGGACCCCGAAGUUAGGCCUGGUUUGUUGUUGGAGUGUUUACCUGGUCAUGGGUAACAGGACUUGUGUUCUUGGGGUUGCUAGGAGAGUCAAGGACGUAGAUCACAUGGGAAAGCCAACUGGAGAAGAAAGUGGACUAUUGCCUACUUGCUGUUGGACGCUAGAACAAAAGACAGGUGAAGCCCUGGGUUCACCUUUCUCCAUUUCCUGUGAUUCCCAAGGUCACUGGUGAGGUCCAGUAAUAUAACUUUAGUUCUUAGUGGGAAGAAACAAAGCAAGUAUGCUGAACAGUAGAGUCACCAAAAUUUGAGUAGAGCCAUUUGUGACAGUUAUGUGCAAUAAACUUAAUUUCUUGUGUUUGGAGAACUGGAUUUUAAAAUGCUCUGAAAGGAGCUGGGGGGAAAGCUCAGGAAGUAAAGGUAAUUGUAAAAAGCCUGCCAGCCUAGGUUCAAUUUCCCAGAACACGCAUAAAGCCAGACACACACAGUGGUGCAUGUGUCUGGAUUGUGUUUGCAGUGGCUAAAGACCCUGAUGUGCCCAUACUUUCUCAAAUAAAUGAAUGUUUAAAUAAAUAAAAUGCUAUGAAAAAUCCACCUAUAUAUAGCACUUGAAAAAUAUGCACUAGAUGAAAGUGAAAAGUUAAAUACAUUCAGGCCAGGCAUGGUGGCACAUGCCUGUGUCCCAACACUCAGGAGGCCAAGCAAGGUGAUCUGGGGUUUCAGGCCAGCACCGUCUACACAGUGAGACUCUGUCUCAAAAAAAAAAAAAAAUAAACAUUGAAUGUAUUCAAAAUUAAUAAAUGAUGCUAAACUAUCUACUACAGAUGACUGUCUGGAUCUAUCUUAAGACUUCCUACAAAACUAAAGUUUACAACUUUUUCAUAUGAAGUUUUUGUUAAGUCUGUAUGUUAAGUUUGGCAAAAGAAUUUGGGAAUAACAGCUAUACCACUGUACCUUCUGUACAUGGGCUCUGUAAAGUUUAAUGUCCCUUUUAACAGUUGCUGUUUACUCCCAGAAACCUAUGAAGUAAAUAUUGUUUGUGUCCAGGACCACGGACUUGGAUGGCCCCACAAUUCAGUUUAUUAGAGACUGAUGCACUUCGAUACACAAUUCAGAACUAUUUUCAUUAUCACAUGCUCACAUGCUGUCACAAAAUUAACUUGCUGUGACCUUUUUACUACAAUCAGGAUGAUGUUGACUUGUGGUACUGUCGUUUCAAGUGUGAGAAAUUCAGUUCUGAUGUCUGUGCACAAGAUGUUGAAUUGGUUCCUGUAAGUGAAAUACAGCUGGUCGUGAUUUACUAAGGAGAUGUAAUGUGUUGUCCCUUGACUUGUUAGAAAUACAGUAAUUUAUGUCCUGAUUUGUUGCACAUAUUUUGCAAUGUUAAUGCAUUUUAAUAAAUUACUUGGAAAGUU